UGAAAAAUAAGUUUUCAGCUGAAAAAAAAUUAGCUUUUAAAAAAGACGUUAACGUUAUAUAUUGAAAACCAUCGACGUUGGCUAUUGUGUGGCUAUUGGAGCUCCUGGGAACCUACACCUAUAAGGUUACACGUUAACAUAAAUUAAUCACAGUUUGUCAGCCAUGUUGGAAUUAAAUGACUUCCAAACUGUAAGCCCCGAUGAUUUGACCGCUGCCUUGGGUUUUCAAAUUUACAAAGACUUAACAAAUGAAAAACAAGCUGCAGACUUUCAACCAAACUAUGAUCAUAAUCUCAAAGUGUUUUAUUUAAUAGAAAAAGAUAAAGCUUAUGUACCCGUUCUUCACACAAAGGAAAUAGACUUUAGAAUUCUUCAAGCUUUGCAAGAAAAACUUGAAAAUAUCAACAUAUUUUUGGCAAUCAUCGAUAAUACAGCCAACAUUUUGUAUUAUCAAAUAGGCGCAGGACUUUGCGAAAAGCCAGAUAAUAAAAACUUCGUUUAAGUA